AUGUUUUCCAUCGAAGAAGCUGUUAAAGUGAUCAAACAGAUUGCCCGCGAAUCAGGCGAAAUCAUUAUGAAGCAUUUCUACGCUCAAGACUUCACAGAACAGACAAAAGCCACUUGUGCAGACAUUGUUACACAAGCAGACCUCGAAAGUGAUGCCCACAUUCGCGAACAGAUCAAGAAACACUUCCCACAAGCCGGUAUGAUUACAGAAGAAGGCAAGGACAUCCUUCCACAAAACCCAGGAAAGGAAGAAGUCUGGUUUUGCGCUGAUCCAUUAGAUGGCACAACGAAUUUCUCAUGUGGCCUUCCAAUUUUCGCAGUAAGCAUCGGCAUUUUAGACUCAGAGCACCAACCAAUCGGCGGUUGUGUCUACGAUCCAAGCCGUGACGAAAUGUUUUGGGCAAUUAAAGGAAAAGGAGCUUUCCUUGAUGCCAAGGGCAAGACAAUUCAAUUACACUGCCGCCAUAAAGCGGAUUUAAUCAACUGCUUAGUUGCUACUGGUUUCCAUCCAGAUCAUGUUUCUAACCCAGACAACAACAUCAAGGAAUUGUCAGCUGUUUUGCCAAAGGUAAGAUGCAUCCGUAGAUGUGGUAGCGCUGCUUUGGACCUUUGCUACGUAGGAGCUUCAAGACUUGACGCUUAUUGGGAGAACGGACCACAUAUCUGGGAUAUCUGCGCUGGUUGGAUCAUUAUUAGUGAAGCUGGUGGUGUUGUUACUGAUUACUACGGAGAACCACUUACAAAACAAAAAUUACACGAAAAUAAAAUCCAAUUGAUCGCCGGUUCUCAGGAAAAUGUUACUGCUAUAUCCAAACUCAUCGAAUCAGUUAGACCACGCCAUUAA